UUGGCAGCGCUUUAAAAUUAUUCCAGUGAAAUUUGCUAUUUAACCAAAUUUAAUGGACGUGAGUGCGAGGGUGAAGUGAUUGGAAUAAACGUGGACGUCCGAGAGGCUGUGUAUUCCAAUCAAUUCUCUUAGUAACCCGGAACGAAAAUGAGUGAACUCGUUUGGGCUAUAAAAAAUGGUGAUUUGGAGCAAGUGCGGGAUAUCGUUGAGAAUAAGAAUAUUGACGUUAAUCAAAUGAUUGAUGGAAGGACACCGCUACAUUAUGCAGCUGAUUAUGGCCAGAAUGACGUUGUCAGAUACCUUUUGGAGAAGGGUGCGAAUGCAAAUGCUAUAGACAAGCAUGGUAUAACAACAUUAUUAGCAGCAAUCUGGGAGGGACAUACAAAUUGCGUAAAAUUAUUAUUAGAAAAGGGAGCAAAGCCAGAUGGUCUAACUCCAGACGGAACCAAUUAUUUGGAUGCUGCCGAAAAAGAUGAGAUUAAACAGUUGCUUAAACUUCACUAGCACAAAGCCAAACAGUCCACAGAGCGAUAAUUUUGUUAUUUUAGUAUCUUAAUGUUCCUCAUAGGAGUA